GUAAAUUUGUGUUCAAAUCGAAAUCAAAUAAUUAAAAUUUUUUGCAAAAGCCGUCCAACACAAAAAUGUUUUUAUAGAUUAUUACAAUAGAAACAAAAAAAGAUAUAUAAUGGAAGAGUUUUUCGAUAAAAUAAAAAAGAAGCUCUCUGUGGACAACAUUCUCGAUCUUAUGAAAGAUGGGAAAUUUAAAGAUGAGAUAAAGCAAACUUUAACGGCUACAAUAAAUUUAAAUGAAAUACCUAAGCAAGAAGAGGUACGGUCUGCGGAUGUAUCUAAGAAUAUGACAAUGGAUCCCGUAAAUCAAAUCACUGUGGAAAAUAUACAGCACACGACACUAGAAGAUCCAGCACCGCUCACGUUAAAUGAACAUCAUAAUUUGACAGAAGAAAAUGACAUACAAAAUAAGCCUUCGGGAACUAAUUUUCAAGCAGCAAUCGUCGAGUUAAAUGAAACAAUUAAUUUAUUAGAUGUAAAAGAAAUAAAGAAAAAAGCCUCGAAACCAAAUUUGAUGAGACCUGAGGCAACUGAAGAAACUAGUACAGGUCGAAGACUGGAGUCAACUGCUACAGGUUCGCUAGAGGGAGCACCAGAACAUGACAAGAGUACUAUUAAAGUGCUGCAAAAACCUCUUACAAUGCCAUCUCAAACGGAACAAGUGGAAUCGAAAACUCAGUUUGAAGACUUUUUAAAUUUAACUUAGAAUUUUAUCUAACUAUUUUCAGAAAUAAACCGGACUUGGUACAAAGUU